AUGAUGUUCACCACUAAGAUCGCCGCUCUUUCCACCCUUGUCGCCGCUGCCAACGCGUUGACCAUUAACACUCCUGCCUCGUUGAUCGAGUGUCAACCCACUUCCAUCACUUUCUCAGGUGGCUCUUCUUCACCUUACUACCUCUCGAUUCUCCCUGGUGGUCAAGCCAGUGCUUCUGCUCUUGAGAACUUGCCCGACGCUGAUUCGUCACCCGUCACUUGGACCGUCGAUAUCGCCUCCGGAACCAACGUCACCAUCAAGAUUACUGAUGGAAGUGGGAACAUCGCCUACUCAUCCCCCGUCGUGAUUCAAGCGGGUUCUUCAUCCAGUUGUCUCGGCACCAACAGCGAAUCUUCUUCUUCUGCUACUUCUGGCUCAGCCUCAGCUUCUUCAGGUGCUUCUACCACCUCUGGCUCAGCUGCUGCCUCUGGAACUGCCUCUUCUACUUCCAAAGCUUCUGGUUCAGCUUCAGGAUCAAGUUCCGCCUCAGCUGCCUCUUCCUCAUCUUCGUCAGCCUCAUCUGCUGCCUACCUCACCAAAGAGAACGCCGGUGCCGCAGCUAUCGUCAUGGGCUUCGUCGCUACUGCUUUGGGAGUCAUCGCUUAA